AUGCAGAUAACACCUUCCACCAUUAUCCGGACAGCUUCAAACUAUCAAGGCCUUACAGCCCGUGCUGUGAACCAUGAGACAUACAGGUACAAUCGGACAUUUCGAGGUUGCUUUGGUGUUCAUCCUGAACUAGCUGCCGAGCUGUGGAAUAUGAUGGAUGAUAUGGAUCCUUUGAGCAAUAUUGGUUGGGUGACAUAUUUUCUGGCAACACUUAUGUUCUUGCGCACUUAUACUGUUACGGAAGUACUGGCAAUGAUUUUCAUGAAGGAUGAGAAGACAAUCCGGCAUUGGGUAUGGGUGUUUGUGGAAAAGCUGGCUAGUUUGGAUUUGGUACGUGAUGACCAAGCUUUUGCUUUUCUCCAUCGCCGCCUUCACAAAUACAAGGACCUAACCAUGUUCAUGCUGCACUCCACCUCUGCUGCUCCUGCUCUAGAUCAGAUGGGAGAAUAG